AUGUCUCGGCGCGCCAACGCAAAAUCUGCCAUCAACACUGUCUACAACCUUUACCUCUGGAAGAAAAAGAAAGACAACAAAACAUUUGAAAGAUUAAAGACAAUAGGAAAAGUCGUGAUGACAUUUUCACGACAAAAUUCAAACUUUGAAAUAGAUUUAUUGUCGAAGCACGAAGAGUGCAUUUACUGGGACUUGUUUGAUGAAUGUUUGAGGCAAGUUGUCAAAUACCAAAAGCUUUCCAAUCUCACUCAAUUCUCAUGGGAAUCAAAUUACAAUCCAAAUAAUUGGACACUCGAUUUUUGCUUUUCAUUUAUGACACGCGGAAAUGACAGCAAUUCCUACACCAUACCUAUGCAAUUAAAAUGUACAAAUCGAUCCAAGGAAGAAAGAAAAAAGGCGGACAAAGAUUUGUGA